GUGGCGAUAAUUUUACCCCCGAUAACCUAUAAGGGGAAUCAUUAUCACCACCGCACCGCAAAACGUAAGCGUACAUAAAGCAGCAGCUUCGAUUUUUCGAUUAAGGUUGAGAAGUCUAUUUAAGUCAGCAGUCGUGUUUCAUUCUUUUAGUGCUUGAUUUAUGGUCCAUAUAGUGGCACAAACCGAUCGCGUUUAAUUUACGUUAUAAUAUUUUUUAGUUUUUCGUGGAUUUUAUAUUUUUGAAUUAUUGUACCGAGAUUCAAGAAGAAUACAACAUUCAAACUUAACUGGAUUUUUAAAAUAUAAACACAAAAUAAUAUUGGAUAUACAAAAAAGGAAUAUAUAAUUUAUAAAACAAGACAACAUCAUGUACGAAAGACAAACCUCAUUUGAGAAGCCCACUCGCAUCGAUGGCACAUCUUACAUCGUUGAAGGCAUCGAUGCCCAACAGGCUCGCAACACCUGUCUUCUUUUCUCCCCUAAAACCGAAGCCAGUGGUGCUCUGGCUAGCAUGUUGAAAAUCUUCCAAAAGAACAACGUCAAUUUGGUCCACAUCGAAUCACGAUCAUCAACUCGUGUCCCAGGUUAUGAAUUCUUUGUCGAAUGUGAUGGAAAAGUUGGUUCCUUGGGAAGUGCUAUUGAUGACUUAAAAGAAAACGCCAGUUACUUCAAUGUCAUCUCAAGAGAUUACAAAGACAACACUUCGGCUGUUCCAUGGUUCCCAAGAAGAAUUCGUGAUUUAGAUCGAUUUGCUAAUCAAAUUUUAUCGUAUGGAUCUGAGUUGGAUUCUGAUCAUCCUGGAUUCACGGAUCCUGUUUAUCGUGCUAGGAGGAAGUACUUUGCUGAUAUUGCCUACAAUUAUAAGCACGGAGAACCUUUGCCAAAAGUUGACUACACUAAAGAAGAAAUCGCAACCUGGGGACAGAUCUUCAGAAAUCUCACCAAACUCUACAAAACUCAUGCCUGUCGGGAGUAUAACCAUGUGUUCCCUCUCCUUGUGGACAAUUGUGGAUACAGGGAAGACAAUAUCCCUCAAAUGGAAGAUGUGUCAAACUUUUUAAGAGAUUGUACUGGAUUCACUCUGAGGCCCGUCGCUGGUUUGCUAUCAUCCCGUGAUUUUCUCGCUGGCUUAGCCUUCCGUGUAUUCCACUCCACUCAAUAUAUAAGGCAUCCCAGCAAACCAAUGUACACCCCAGAACCAGACGUGUGUCAUGAACUCCUGGGACACGCUCCACUCUUUGCCGAUCCUGCAUUUGCACAGUUCAGUCAAGAAAUUGGUUUGGCUUCUCUCGGGGCUCCAGAUGAUUAUAUUGAAAAACUAGCAACCAUUUUCUGGUUCACUGUGGAAUAUGGACUGUGUCGGCAGGGAAACGAAAUCAAAGCUUACGGUGCUGGUCUCUUAUCAUCUUAUGCCGAAUUAGAAUAUUGUCUAACCGAUAAGCCACAGUUGAAGACCUUUGAUCCAUCGAUAACAGGCGUUACUAAAUAUCCCAUUACGAAAUUCCAAGAGGUCUAUUAUGUUGCAGAUAGUUUUGAGAGCGCCAAAGAGAAAACAAUAAAAUUUGCAAACUCAAUUCCCCGCCCAUUCGGUGUCCGAUACAAUCCCUAUACUCAAAGUAUUGACAUUCUCGAUUCAAGGUUCCAAAUUCAGAACCUGAUGAGUAUAAUUGGAUCGGAAUUCCAAGUUCUGCAAAAUGCCAUGAUGAAGCUUAAGGUCUAAGGUCUUGAUUUAAUAUAAGUUUAAUUUCUUUUAGUGUAAGUUUGUGUCGUAAUGCAUUUUUGUACAUAUAAAUGAAAAUAAAAAUGUUUUUUUUUUAAAUUUUCAAAAAUG